UUCUUUUGUAGUUCAUGAUUGUUAUUGGGGGAUCCACGACAUUCAUAUUUGGAACAAUACUUUCAUGGAGGGCUUUAUCUAUAAUCGGCCUUAUUCCCACUGCUGUGUUGCUUUUGGGUCUAUUCUUCAUUCCAGAGUCCCCUAGAUGGCUGGCAAAGAGAGGACUCACAAAAGAUUUUGUGGCGGCAUUGCAAAUACUUCGCGGAAAAGAUGCUGAUAUAUCUCAAGAAGCAAAGGAAAUUCAGGAUUAUAUAACUAGUUUAGAAAAACUCGCAAAACCGAAAGUGCUGGAUUUGUUUCAAAAAAGAUAUUUACGCUCACUCACGAUUGGAGUAGGGCUUAUGGUCUGCCAGCAAUUUGGUGGAAUCAAUGGAGUUGGUUUUUAUGCUAGCAGUAUUUUUGACCUAGCAGGAUUUCCUUCCGCGACCGGUACUAUACUUUUUGCUAUCCUUCAGAUUGUGAUCACAGGUGUUGGAGCAGCCCUCAUAGAUAAAGCAGGCAGGAAGCCGCUACUAUUGGUAUCUGGAUCAGGACUGGUUACAGGAAGUAUAUUUACCGCAGUUGCAUUCUAUCUAAAGGUACAUCUCGACUAAAAGCGCGCUGUCUAAGGGGGGGAUUAGAAAGCGCUUUAGGCAAAAGCGCUGUCUAAG